UCUCCAGGACAGAAGAAGAGGAAGCAGCAGCAGAUGGAGCGUUGAUCAUCUGCAGGUAGAUGGUGACAUCAUGAGUCGAUGGUGUCGUUCGGUGGACGAGUUGGCGACGAGGCGGCGGCAGCAGAGUGAGUGUGAGCGUGCUCAGGAAGCUCUCUGCAAGGUCACUUCCUGUUUCCAGCAGCUGGCGACGUCACUCGGGGCAUCAGCUGACUGCAGCUUCCUGCGAGAAGAGAUGGAUGAAACGAGAGCCCUCGCACAUCGCAUCAGCAGCGGUUUGUCCCGGCGUCUGAUUCGCCUGCUGUCAGACUCUGACUCCGCCCCCACAGGUCAAGAGGACAGACAGGUGUCCGAGCGGUUGUGGGUUCUUUUCCUGUCUGUGUUGGAGAGUUUCCUAUCGGACCUCCGUAAAGCCAGUGAUCUGAUUCGACAGUUCCCUCUGGGUCAGCGCUCUGACAGACGCUCAUUGGUCAACGCAGGUUGUCUCGAUGGCGUGGUGGGCGUGGCUGCUCGUGUUGCUUCAGUUCAGGCCCCGUGGCUCACAUUGGAGGAAGAGUCCAUUCCUGAUCUGACCAAUCACAUCACAGGACUUGAAGCCAUACUAAGUGAUAUGCAGCUGAGGGUUCCUGUCCCGUUCUGGUCUGUGGAGGCCACUCAGCCACUAUGGGUGGAAGCAGCUACUGAACUGGACGAACCGGAACACAGUCUGGAGGACCUGAUGGAGGUUGAGGUCGUCUCUGAUGGAAACAAGAUGGCCACCUGCUGCCAACCACCAUGCUGUGUUCUGGGCUGCGUUGGGUAG